GUUGAGCGGAAGCCGGAAGCAGGGCCUAGGCUACGGAAACGGAUCGGAGGCAGACUAGAGGGAGCAGUAGUCGGUCUUAUCUGUUCUUGAGCGAAGAGCGCGAUGGGGCGAGGCGGCGGCACCUUCGAGCGGCUUCUAGAUAAAGCUACCAGUCAACUUCUGCUGGAGACAGACUGGGAGUCCAUCCUGCAGAUUUGUGAUAUGAUUCGUCAGGGUGACACCCAGGCUAAAUAUGCUGUAAGUGCAAUAAAGAAGAAAGUCAAUGACAAGAAUCCUCAUGUGGCUCUCUACGCACUAGAGGUCUUGGAGUCUGUGGUAAAGAAUUGUGGUCAAACAGUCCAUGAUGAAGUGGCCAACAAAGUGACUAUGGAAGAAUUGAAGGAGCUGCUGAAGAGACAAGUCGAGGCCAAUGUUCGCAACAAGAUCCUUUACCUGAUUCAGGCAUGGGCUCAUGCCUUCCGCAAUGAGCCCAAGUACAAAGUGGUUCAGGACACUUAUCAGAUCAUGAAGGUGGAAGGUCACGUUUUCCCAGAAUUCAAGGAGAGUGAUGCCAUGUUUGCAGCAGAAAGGGCUCCUGACUGGGUGGAUGCAGAGGAGUGUCACAGAUGCCGGGUCCAGUUUGGGGUGGUGACUCGCAAGCAUCACUGUCGGGCGUGUGGGCAGAUCUUCUGUGGGAAGUGCUCUUCCAAGUGCUCCACCAUUCCCAAGUUUGGCAUAGAGAAGGAGGUGCGGGUGUGUGAGCCUUGCUAUGAGCAUCUCAACAAGAAAGCAGAAGGGAAAGGAUCUGCCAGCACAGAGCUUCCUCCUGAGUACUUGACCAGUCCUCUUUCCCAGCAAUCCCAGCUGCCUCCCAAGCGUGAUGAAACUGCCCUGCAGGAGGAGGAGGAGCUGCAGCUGGCAAUUGCACUGUCCCAGUCUGAGGCAGAGGAGAAGGAAAGGAUGAGACAGAAAAGUACAUAUUCCACAUAUCCCAAGGCCGAGCCAGCACCCACCACCUCAUCCACCCCUCCAGUCAGCACCCUCUAUUCCUCACCUGUGAACUCCUCUGCACCUCUAGCUGAGGACAUUGACCCUGAGCUGGCUCGGUACCUGAACCGCAACUAUUGGGAGAAGAAGCAGGAGGAGGUGCGCAAAAGCCCCACCCCAUCAGCUCCGCUGUCCAUGGGGGAGCCACCCACCCAGUCCGCUGAAGUUCAGCCUGCCCCACUCAGUGUGGUGGAGCAGCAAUACCAAAAUGGUGAGACUGAUGAGAGCCACGAGCAGUUCCUCAAGGCCCUGCAAAAUGCCGUCACCACCUUUGUCAACCGCAUGAAGAGCAACCAUUUGCGGGGCCGGAGCAUCACCAACGACUCAGCGGUACUCUCGCUCUUCCAGUCCAUCAACAGCAUGCACCCUCAGCUCCUGGAGCUGCUGAACCAGCUGGAUGAGCGCCGCUUGUACUAUGAGGGACUUCAAGACAAACUUGCCCAGAUUCGGGAUGCACGAGGAGCCCUGAAUGCUCUGCGGGAGGAGCAUAGAGAGAAGCUGCGCCGUGCUGCUGAGGAGGCAGAACGGCAGCGCCAGAUCCAGCUAGCUCAGAAGCUUGAGAUCAUGCGCCAGAAGAAACAGGAAUACUUGGAGAUGCAACGGCAGCUGGCUAUCCAGCGCCUUCAGGAGCAGGAAAAGGAGCGCCAGCUGCGGCUGGAGCAACAGAAGCAAACGAUCCAGAUGAGGGCCCAGAUGCCUGCUUUCUCCCUGCCUUAUGCUCAGUUGCAGGCCAUGCCUGCUGCUGGUGGGGUCAUCUAUCAGCCAUCAGGCCCCACAAGCUUCCCAGGCACCUUCAGCCCAGCAGGCUCUGUGGAAGGCUCGCCCAUGCACACUGUGUACAUGAGUCAGCCCCCCCAAGGCAGCACUGGGCCCUACUCUGCGAUGCCUGUGGCAGGAACAGAUCCAAACAUGGUGAGCACCUACAUGUACCAAGCAGGCACUAACACUGCACAGACGGCUCCACAAGGGCAGGCGGUGCCCACCACUAAUCCUGCCUAUUCUUCCUACCAGCCUACGCCUACCCAGGGCUUGCAGAAUGCAGCUGCCCCCUCACAGACCCAAGCUAUCCCUGCCAUGACACAGCCUCCGCAGUCUGGUGGUACAAUGGGUUACAUGGGCAACCAGUCUGUCUCCAUGGGCUACCAGCCCUACAACAUGCAGAGCCUCAUGUCAACCCUCCCUGGCCAGGAACCAGGUUUGAGUAGCCUGCCACCCCAACAGCCUUACUUGUCAGGACAGCAACCGAUGUAUCAGCAGAUGGCACCCCCCGGAGGCGCCCCACCACAACAGCCCCCUCCCCAGCAGGCUCCAGCCCAGGUGCAGCAAGCACAGGGGGGCAGCGGAGAGGCUCAGCUGAUUUCCUUUGACUAAGAACCUCUUGGCUUACGAAGAAGGGGAGGGGUGGGUUUCUGAGACAUUGUAACACUACCAUCUGUUGGUCACUGCUGUACUCUCUACACCAUUGCUGUUACCUUGUGCCAUCCCCCAUGUGGGGAAGGGAGGGCAGAGCCCCUAGUCCUAGAUAGUCUCCUACUAGCUACCCACCCCCCUAACUGGCACUUCCCCUGCAUUCCUGUCUAAAAUGCUGCUAACAGAGCCUUCUGGGUUGGAGUAAGAGGCAACCAUGUUCAAAGGAUGCGACAUGUUGCUCCGUUACGGUGGCGGCCCACAGCCCCACUCACCUAGUUUCACUUUCACUGGGUAACAGAGCACAGCUUUGCAGUCACUCACAUGUGCACCCUUACCAGGCCCAGAGCUUUCCUCUCGUGUGGGGAAUGGCAUUCACGCAUGCUCCAAAGCCAGAGUAAAUACGGUCCAACCCACAGCAUGGCCUGGGCCUGUACACACACACUCACAGCACUCCCUCUGGUUGACAAGAUGUAAUCAAGUGGCCUUCACUCUGACCAACACUACUUCCCAUGAACCUAGAAUUUUCCAUCUUCCCUACCAUGCCUUUUGAGAACCCACUACUUUGAGCAGAGGCUUCCCCGAGCCUGUAUCUCUUUUCCACAUUCUUUCUCCACCUGAUUAUCCUCCCUGCUUUUGAAGACUCACCUCUCAUAUUUAGUGCUGGUGUAGACAGAAUGGAACCAGUGACAAUAAAGUAUUUAAAGCGUU